CAUGGAUCCUCAUGCCGUGCAGAAAGCAGGCAGAGGAUGACAGAGCUGAGAGAGAGCUGCUGCUGGACACUCAGACUCUGAGUCUCUCCCUCCUCCUGCCUGGAUUAUAAAUAUGUAUUUUGUCAUUUCUGCCAUGAAAGCUCAGAUUGAAAUCAUCCCCUGCAAGAUCUGUGGAGAUAAGUCAUCAGGGAUCCACUACGGGGUGAUCACCUGUGAGGGCUGCAAGGGUUUCUUCAGGAGGAGUCAGCAGAGCAACGCCUCCUACUCGUGUCCCCGUCAGAAAAACUGUCCGAUCGACCGGACGAGCCGAAACCGCUGCCAGCACUGCCGCCUGCAGAAAUGUCUGGCCGUGGGAAUGUCCCGAGACGCCGUAAAGUUUGGUCGCAUGUCUAAAAAGCAGCGUGACAGUCUGUACGCUGAGGUCCAGAAGCAUCGCCUCCAGCAGCAGCAGCAGCAGCAACAGCAGCAGCAGCAGCCUCCUCCCCCCCUCCUCUCUCGUCCCAGCCUCGGCAGCCCGAGCCGGGGAGACACCGAGUCUCUGUCCCCCCACUACACCCUGUCCUCCACGGGCCUCACAGAGCUCCCUGACGAGGUGGGACGCUACAUGGACGAGAACUCGCCUGGAGGAGCGUCUCUGUCGUCCAAGGCAGAUUCUGGAGUGGGAGGAGGAGGAGGAGGAGGAGGAGGAGGAUUCUACCUGGAUAUCCAGCCGUCUCCAGACCAGUCUGGGCUUGAUAUUAACGGCAUCAAGCCGGAGCCGCUGUGCGACUACGGCUCCAGUAACGGCUUCUUCCCGUACUGCUCCUUCAGCAACGGAGACACAUCACCCAGCGUGUCCAUGGCCGAACUCGAUCACCUGGCCCAGAUCAUCUCUAAAUCUCACCUGGAGACGUGUCAGUACCUGAGGGAGGAGCUGCAGCAGAUGAGCUGGCAGAGCUUCCUGCAGGACGAGGUGGAGAGCUACCAGAGCAAGCCCCGGGAGGUGAUGUGGCAGCUCUGUGCUGUGAAGAUCACCGAGGCCAUUCAGUACGUGGUGGAGUUCGCCAAACGUAUCGACGGCUUCAUGGAUCUCUGCCAGAACGACCAGAUUGUCCUGCUCAAAGCCGGUUCUCUUGAGGUUGUCUUUGUGCGAAUGUGUCGAGUGUUUGACUCUCAGAACAACACCGUCUACUUCGAUGGGAAGUUUGCAACUCCUGAUGUCUUUGAAGCGUUAGGUUGUGACGACUUGAUCACGUCUGUGUUCGACUUCGCUAAGACCAUGUGUUCACUGCACCUGUCGGAGGACGAGCUCGCCCUCUUCUCGGCCUUCAUUCUGCUCUCUGCAGACCGGUCGUGGCUGCAGGAGAAGCUGCAGGUGGAGAAGCUGCAGCAGAAGACUCAGCUGGCUCUGCAACACGUCCUGCAGAAGAACCAGAGAGAGGACGGCCUCCUGAACAAGCUCAGGUGUAAGGUGUCUACGUUGCGUUCGCUGUGCAGUCGUCACACGGAGCAGUUGUUGGCGUUCAGAGCCGUUUACCCCGACGUCGUCCGGACUCACUUCCCUCCUCUUUACAAGGAGCUGUUCGGAGCCGACCUCGAGCUGACACUGCAGACCAGCGACUGAACCGGGACUGGACCAGACCAGACUGGACCAGAGCUGACUGAUCCAAACCAUGAACACACAAGACAGGACGGUGACUCACGGCAGCCAAAGAGCAUCACAGUACAUCAGCUGCUUUCCUCCUGAGCACAGCAGAGACACCUGAACUCAUCUCCUCCUCCUCCUCCUCUUCCUCCUCUUCUGGAGUCUGGUGCACUCUCUCCACGUACACUAACACACAUCUGGUUUCCAGGAUCCUGAACCUGGACAUUAAAAGGCACUUUCACUCCUCACACUGAGACCUGGUUCCUGUUUCAACACAUUGUCAAGACAUCACUUCUUCUUCUUCUUCUUCUUCUUCUGUUACUGUACUUUUAAAAGUUCAGGCGCCGGAAACCUUCACAGCAGUAGCGUUUUACCAGCUGAUCAAUGACGAGCAGAGAAAGUUUGACGUCUCGUAGUCCACUGAUGGAUGGAGCUUCUCGACUCUUUAGAAAGAGGCACAUUUCAAGUGCGCUCCCACAUGCACAAACACUUUGAUUUCAUUUCAAAUCAGCUUUAAAAAGCAAUUUGACAAACAGCCAAACUGAUCCAAAGCCAGCCCGACCGUCGUUCCACUGCCCGAAUCUAAUUUUAAAUGCAAAAUACUUUAAUUUCAAACCUGUGUAUGAAAACUGUCCUAUCUGGCAGCACUGUCUGCAGCACCAGUCCUGCAAGUCCAGCUGCCCUUAUUUACAGCUUGUGUCUUUUCUAUACCUGAUUAUUUAUAAUAAAAACACUCGAAAAGGUUGUAAAUACUCCCCUUUUUAAUGUGUAAAUGAUCAACAAAUCUAACAAAACAAGAAAAAAAAUACAGCAUACAGUGAGAAAUAACAACUUUUUUACUGAAUCCUUUUAAAAUGGUUUUAAACUAACUUGAGGGUCAGGUAAUAGGUUUGUGCCACGUUCAUUUUUUGUGCAUUCUCUGCAUAUGUACCAGAAACAACCACUCCACCAGACCAGGCUUUUGUCAAGCGUGCACUCACCCCCCAAUGAUGUCAGCUCAAUAAAUUACUGAUAUUUGCACUUUGUUCCUCUUGAGUUAUCAGAAAUUUGCCCUUCGUUGACGCCUGUAGCGUCACAUGAGGGAACGGUUUCGAUCCCUCUGCAGAGAAAUUUACAAAUCCAGUAAUUUAGCAACCUGGAGUGAAAGCAGAACCCAGCCAUGUAACUGAAUACUAAUUUUAUUUAGCCCCUCGUCCUCCCAGCAGCCUCCUCUUUCCUCACCUGUGUGUCACAAGAGAGUCUGCAGCACCACCAUGUGGCUCUGAUGCCAAAAUGCAGGUCCUUUUUAAGUUUUUCUCUUCCAUAUGCAUACACAAGCUUCACCACUUUGGAAGCUGAUUAAUUAAUUAUUCAGCUAAUUUACAUAGAGCUGUACUGAGCCCUGUUCGGGUGUAUAUGCAGCAGCUCUCUACUCAGGUCAACACAUCCAGAAUAAAUGCAGGAAACUAGAAAGAAAUUUAAAAAAAAAUUCCCAAAAGUCCAAAGAUGUUUUAGUUUAAAUUCAUGCUUCAAAAUCAAACCAAUAGAUAAUGAAUCACUUAUCAGAAAUUUGAAAAGCAAUAUUAAGAAAAGCAAUACAUGGAAAAACAAGCUAUGCAGAAUGUGGUGACGAUAUUGAGACAUUGCACUAUAGUGAGUCUAUCUGCUGCCAAAUCUGUGUGUCUGUUGUGUGUGUUUGUGUGUCUGUGGACUACAGACUGCUGGGAGGAGCCACAUUUGACCAUUAAUCACUCUCAAUCAAUUCUUUUAAAUGUGCAAACAUCAAACGAGCUGUUAAUUCUUUUACCAGCCUGGAUGGUUCCAACACCUUCCAUAAUUCAACUACCAUUUGUUUGUAAGAUUUCCACGACUUUCAAACUAAGCUCUAAUCUGGAGCCUCUUCCAGUCAUUUAACUUCCCAAAACUAAUACAGGGGUUACGUUUCCUCCAGAACAUUGUAAAUUGUUUCCAUAGAUAGAAAGCUAAUCUGCUAACAUGUCAAAAGAGCACCAACAACACUUUCAUUUAAUCGUUGGUCCACCUGUUAAAUGUAAAAUCUCUCAACCAAUGUUUCCAGCUGAGAGUUAUUAAGAAUUCUGGGUGAAUAACAAUCAUGCAGAAGGGUUUAAUUAAUCAGGAACCUUAAGAUAACUUGUCUCUGAGCAAUCAGAAUACGAGUCUGACUCAGGACAGGAGCCCACAGACAACCUACGGUAUCACACAAAAACAAGUUCUCACAUUUCUGUAAAUAUUUUAUUAUAUCUUUUCACAAGAAAACACUGAAGAUGUGACACUCUGAUGCAGUGUAAAGUGUACAAGUCUAAUCAACAGUGUAAAAUUCAGUCAGCUAAAAAUAACUCAACACACAGACAUUAAAGUUUAACCUCCCGAGACCUGAUACUUCAUUAAGAACUAUAAAACCUAAGCAUCAUCUUUGAACCGGAAGUGGUUUUGGGGGAAAAAUUAUGUCCUCAUGUGUAGACACGGGAAUUAUUUCAUUGAGUAUUAUCAUAAAGUCAACAAUAUGGAACAAAAUACAAAAAUUAGGUUAAUCUUCAUGUCUGUGCAAAAGCAAAAAUGCAAAUAAGAAGUCCCAACGUCCUCAGUCGAGUAUUACCAAAGUUAUAGCUUCUUACUAUUGGUACAAACUGCACGUCAUAUUAAACUUUAUUAAACAAAUUAAAAGUUUAAUAUGAGAUACAAUUUGUACCAAUAGUAAGAAGCUAUAACUUUGGUAAUUAUCACGUCAUAUUAAACUAGAAAAGUUUAAUAUGACAGUACCAUGUCCACUUAUAGAAUAGAAUAGAAAAGAACUCCUUUAUUGUAUACAAGUAUUGGUAUAUAUACAAAAAGUAAUAAAUUGCAACAAAAAGUAUUGCUUGACAAGCCUAAAUCAUUGACUUGCAACAAAAAGCAUUGAAUUGCAAACUGAUAUAUAGAAGAUAUUGCACAGGAUUAAGUAGUGAAAUGAUGAGAGUAUUUUUGUUACGUGAUCGGUUGCAGAAUGAAUCAGCUGAAAUGCCCUCCAUCAUGUUUUUUCACCAACUAGUAUCUACUUAUGAAGAUAAAAGUUUAAAUGAAGCAGAAUAAGAAGCUGCCACAAACUUAAAACUCAACGUCCCCAUAUGAGGACACAGGGUCUCAGGAGGUUAAACCGCUGACAAAACAAUUGAGUACGCCCCUAAGUGAAAACUGUGCCCAGUUACUUACCCAUUUCCUCUCCCCGGUGUCACGUGACUCAUUAGUGUUACAAGGUCUCAGGUGUGAAUGGGGGGCAGGUGUGUUAAGUUUGGAGAUACCAUAACUGGACUGGUGUCAAUCAGCUGCUUCAUCUCAGCCUUGAUCAGUGUUUCUGGCAAAUAACGAACCAAACUUUAGCCAUAACUGAAUGUCAAGCAAUAAUGUAAAUUUUUGUUUAUUGUGUAUAUUUUUUUUUGUUUGUUUGUUUUUUGUUAUGUUAAAUGAUGGCAUGUCUGUGCAGGUUCUCAUUUCUGAGUUAAAUCGAGGGAGGUGUCGUCUUUGAAUCUUCGUGUGUUUCCAACUUACCAUUUUCACGUGAUCCCAUAUGCUGACGACAUGCCGCUCUCCCUCCAUGCCAGUUCAUCGUUUUUAGCUGUCGUUCUGUAACUAAUUAUUGAUUAUUCUGUACAGGCCACAGGAAAAAUACUGCUCUAGAUGCCUAGCUACUGGGCAUCAAAGUUUUUAUCUGUUGAUUUAUAUGCAUCAUAACGUACGAUAUCUGGUUUGGUAUGCACAGCUCUCUUUUAGAUUUAGGUCAGUAACAGAGAGCUUUUUGUGUUUUUAAUAUGCGUGUGGUACUAGGUUAUCUUUUGUUAGUGAUGUCUUGAUUUUCGACAAUGCCACAUUGUAUGUUUCUUCACAGGGUAAAAAAACAACAUUUUUUAAAAAGAAUCUUGCAGUGAGCUAGUAUUUAACAGAGAAAUUGUCGCAGAUUUUUGGGGCGAUUUUCAGGGGACAUUAAAACUUGGACAUUUGCACCUCACUAUUGUAUAAAAAUAUGAACUUUCCUUUUAAUUUAUCAAACAUUAUUAUGAUUAUGUUAUAUCAUAGUACAAGUUUGUUAUUGCCCGACCUACACCUGUAUCAGCGUGUUAGACUCGGGAGUGUUGAUUUCUUUGUUUAAACUGCUCAAACAUGACUUCUUUUGAUACAAAACAGAGCUGCUGUAUCUGAAAUGUGAAAAACAAAAUGAUUAAAACAGAGAAGGACAUAAAAA